AUGGCUUCUGCAGCGAGUUUCGGCACUGCACCCAUGCUUUCCUCCCCAUCAACAGGCCUCCCAUCAACAGGGUCUCCCCAUCAACAGGGCCUCCCCAUCAACAGGUCUCCCAUCAAGGUCUCCCCAUCAACAGGGUCUCCCCAUCAACAGGCCUCCCCUCAACCAUCAAGCCUCCCCAUCAACAGGGUCUCCCAUCAACAGGUCUCCCCAUCAACAGGCUCCCCAUCAAAGGGCCUCCCCAUCAACAGGGCUCCCCAUCAACAGGGUCUCCCCAUCAAUAGGGUCUCCCAUCAACAGUCUCCCAUCAACAGGUCUCCCAUCAACAGGUCUCCCCAUCAACAGGGCCUCCCCAUCAACAGGGCCUCCCCAUCAACGGGCCUCCCAUCAACAGGGCCUCCCCAUCAACAGGGCCUCCCCAUCAACAGGGCCUCCCCAUCAACAGGGUCUCCCCAUCAACAGGGUCUCCCCAUCAACAGGUCCCCCAUCAACAGGGCCUCCCCAUCAACAGGGCCUCCCCAUCAACAGGGCCUCCCAUCAACAGGGUCUCCCCAUCAACAAGGGUCUCCCCAUCAACAGGGUCUCCCCAUCAACAGGGUCUCCCCAUCAACAAGGUCUCCCCAUCAACAAGGGCCUCCCCAUCAACAGGGCCUCCCAUCAACAGGGCCUCCCCAUCAACAGGGCCUCCCCAUCAACAGGGCCUCCCCAUCAACAAGUCUUGUUACUCAGCAUCAUUUAUCUCCAGCAUUCAAUAUCUCCAACAUCCAGUAUCUCCAAGAACCAGUAUAUCCAGCAUCCAGUAUCUCCAAGAACCAGUAUCUCCAGCAUCCAACAUCUCCAACAUCUCCAACAUCCAGUAUCUCCAACAUCCAGUAUCACCAACAUAUGACAUCCAGUAUCUCCAACAUUCAGCAUCACCAUCAUUUAUCUCCAACAUUGAGCGUCUCCAUUUGUGGGGAGUUUUACGACCCAUAA